UCAGUCGCGCGCCAGGGCUCCUCUAUAUACAGACGCCACCGCCUCGCGCUUCCCGACUACUUAGCGCUCGGAACCAGACGGGCGCUUGCUGCUGAGGAGGGCUCGCGUGUGCAUGCAGAGCCCCGUCCCGUUUGCUGGCUGGGCGGGGGCGCUGCAGAGGGGGAGGCCUUUCGGGGAGCGUGGGCCAUCCAGAUUGUUCUGUGCCAGUCUGCUUGACUUUUGCCCCAGUCAGUGCCUUUGCUAUGGCAUCUGUGCCUUCAGCUGGCUGUCUCCUGGCCAAGAAUCAGUACUACAGAACUCGAUUGAAUUCUGAAUCCAGUGUUUCAUCAGGUGGUUCAUCCUUCUGUUCUGAUCCCGUGAACUUCUCAGACCAGGAUAAAGCCCAUCAUGGGUUACCUGAAUUAUUUGAUAAAUGCUGGUGGAUAAAAAACUUUUUCCAUUCUGAACCAUCUUCUUCUCCAAACAUGAAUGGAAAAACGUUAUCGACCAGCAGUGUUGCAAGCUGACUUUACCUGCAGUGAUGUUACAUAUAUAGAUUCAUUUCUCUAAAGCUCAGGGUCUUUCAGAUGGCUGCAUUCAGCUGUGUGAAGAAAAUAUACUGCUUGACACUUCACUUCCACGAGCGAAAGUAGAAUUUCACAAAGAUUUGUCAGUAGCUUAAAUAGUUUUGCUUAGGCAGGCAUAGUUUCUACCUACGCUGUCUGCUACUGAGUUGUUAAUGUUUGAUAAAUCUAUUUUUAAUAUUUUUAAAUGAAAAUUAAAUGGAUUUAAUAUCCUAAUGACUAGCCCAUAUCACCAGAAGAAAUGACAGUAAAAAGUAAGAUCAGCAUAAAGUGGCCAGUGAUUAUCUAGGUUUUAUUUCUGUAAGUUGAAAAAGCUUCUGUGGACUGUCAGUGUCAAAAUUUUUCAUGGGUGCUGUGACUUAAAACAGAAAAGUUUGUGUUUGAAAUGUCUAUUCAGUAAGUAGUAUUUUUCCAUAAGUUUAAGUUUUACUAUAUCAACGAUGCUGACAUCAAAUGGAUAUAAAUUAGUUUCAGAUUAACAGAUUCCUGUUAUAUAAUGGAUCUGGCACAUCUUUCCCAAGUGCCAGGUAUAGCAGUUACAUACUGUUAAGGAAGUUUACAAACAAGUUAAUAGGUUUAAUACCUUUAAUUGUGGAAAAUUCUAUUAAACAACAGUCAUUAGCUCUGUCCCCUUGUUAUGGCUGAAUAUGGAUUCUGACCUUAAAUACAGAUGUGUACUUCUCAUUCACAUGCAUGCACCUAAGUAUUUGAGGACAGAAAAUGAGGACUUCGUAAAUAGUCUAACUUUCAUGGAUUUUGACCUUUUGAUGUGCAACCAUACUUCACUUUUUUUUAAUACUGUUGGUUAAAGAGCCUCUUGUUAUGUAUUAAGUGCUCUCUAUAAACUAACCUUAUUGUAUGUGAACUCUUUGACAGUUCUGUUAUUAACAAUUAUCCCUGUCCAUUAAAUAUAUUUUUACACUAAUCAUGAUUUCCCUUCUUAAAGGAUCCUAAGCUGCUUAAAUUAAUUAUUAAUAUAAUCACUUCACUCAGUGAUGAAUUGCAGCCCUCUCUGGUGUGAAGUAUGGUAGUUUAACAGUGCACAGUUAUACAACAGCAGUUAUGUUUUGUGAGGCGGAUGAGUGAAAUUGCUUAGGUGGAGGGGGAAUUGCAAAUAUUUGGCUUGAGCAUUUCAUAUCCAUAAGUUUCAGGACUAUUUCUCUAUGCAACUUUAUGAUGUAUCAGGUCUGUUCAGGUCACUUACUGAAUUUAUCUGAUACAUUUUUAAGCACUUCAGGUAUUAAGUAACAAUGUAUCUUUUUAAAGUAAACAUGUAAACUUUAUCAUGACAUACAGAUAGUGCUGUAGAUGUCCAUGGCACUUGAGAAAAUAAUGAAGUAGUCCCUGCCCCAGAAAGUUUAUAAUGUAGCUUGAGACCGUAUACACAGGGUAGGUGAGAACAAGGAUGAAGACAACUGUUAGAAGAAAUAGUGUGCUGGAACUCAUUACAUGAAAUAUAAAAAAGCAAUUUAUCUAUUUGUUUGUUUUAAAUGAUUGCAUCUUUUGAUCUUAGAAUUAUUUUAAAUGUAUGUUAUAAGCUACUCUAUUUUUAUACUAAAAUUUUAUAUUAAUAAAGUUUAAUUAUUAUGAGGUC